AUGUCGGGUCAGAAGAUUGCCAUCGUUUCCGUCUACGAUAAGACUGGUCUGCUGGACCUGGCCAAGGGCCUGAACCAGCAGAAUGUCCGCAUUCUCGCCUCUGGCGGUACGGCCAAGAUGAUCCGGGAGUCUGGCUUCCCUGUUGAGGACGUCUCUGCCAUUACCAAGGCCCCCGAGAUGUUGGCCGGCCGUGUCAAGACUCUGCACCCUGCCGUCCACGCCGGAAUACUCGCAAGAAACCUCGAGUCUGACGAGAAGGACUUGGCCGACCAGAACAUCAACAAGGUCGACUAUGUCAUUUGCAACCUGUACCCCUUCAAGGACACCGUUGCCAAGGUCAAUGUCACUGUCCCCGAGGCUGUUGAGGAGAUCGACAUUGGUGGCGUCACUCUCAUCAGAGCUGCCGCCAAGAACCACAGCCGUGUUACCAUUCUUAGUGACCCCAACGACUACGCCGAGUUCCUCAAGGAGCUCCAGGCUGGCGAGAUCACCGAGGCAAGCCGUAACCGCUACGCUCUCAAGGCUUUCGAGCACACUGCCGACUACGAUGCUGCCAUUUCCGACUUCUUCCGCAAGCAAUAUGCCGCCGAUGGCAAGCAGUUCUCCGCUCUGAGAUACGGCGCCAACCCCCACCAGAAGCCUGCUGCUGCCUUCGUCAGCGGUGGAGAGCUUCCCUAUAAGGUUCUCGGUGGCUCCCCCGGCUACAUCAACCUUCUUGACGCCCUCAACAGCUGGCCCCUCGUCAAGGAGCUUAAGCAAGCUCUGGGUAAGCCCGCCGCCGCCAGCUUCAAGCACGUCUCUCCUGCCGGUGCUGCCAUUGGUACUCCCCUGACCGACGACGAGAAGAAGGUUUACUUCGUCAACGAUAUUGAGGGCAUCGACUCCUCCCCUCUUGCCCAGGCCUACGCCCGUGCUCGUGGUGCAGACCGCAUGAGCAGCUUCGGUGACGUGAUUGCCUUGAGUGACAUUGUCGAUCUUCCCACUGCCAGCAUCAUCUCCAAGGAGGUUUCUGACGGUGUCAUCGCCCCUGGCUUCGAGGAUGCUGCCCUUGCGCUCCUGAAGAAGAAGAAGGGCGGCAAGUACCUCGUCCUCCAGAUCGACCCCGACUACGUCCCUGCCAAGACCGAGACCCGGACCGUCUACGGAGUCACUCUGCAGCAGGGCCGCAAUGAUAUCGAGAUUGCGCCUAAGUCAUUCAACAGAAUCAUCACUCCCAAGGAGUCUGGACCCCUCUCCGAGUCCGCCCUCCGAGAUCUGACCGUCGCCACCAUUGCCCUGAAGUACACUCAGAGUAACUCUGUCUGCUACGCCUACAACGGACAGGUCAUUGGUCUUGGCGCUGGUCAGCAGUCCAGAAUUCACUGCACGCGCCUCGCUGGCGACAAGGCAGACAACUGGUGGCUUCGUUUCCACCCCCGUGUCCUGGGCAUCAAGUGGAAGAAGGGUACCAAGCGCCCCGACAAGAGCAACGCCAUCGAUCUGUUGGUCAGUGGCGAGCUCCCAAAGUCCGGUGCGGAGCGUGAUAUGUUCGAGGCUGUCUUCGAGGAGGUCCCGCCCGCAUUCACUGAUGCGGAGAGAGAAGAGUGGCUUGGCAAGCUGACCAAUGUCGCUGUGUCAAGUGAUGCUUUCUUCCCCUUCGUCGACAACGUCUUCCGCGCAUCUCGAUCCGGCGUCAAGUACAUCGCAGCUCCCGGAGGCAGCCAGAAUGACGGCGCUGUCUUCGAGACUGCGGAAAAGCUUGGCAUUACGUUUGUUGAGCAGAAUGUCCGCCUCUUCCAUCAUUAA